AUUAUCUAACUCAAAAGAAUUAGUCCUUCUUUGUCCCACUCGCAAGUUUCUGCUUCCUCUGACUAAAACGUUUGAAGAACUUUUGUUAGAUAUAUUUUGGAAUUGAACUCCGAUGACGACGACGGCGGAAACUGGACAAUCCUCUGUUCCUCUGGACACCAAAUUCUCAGACAUCGAGAUUAAGUGCGAUGAUAUGGUAAUAUGCCCUGAGAUUAAACCAUCAAUAACAAAGAAUUUGGGUCAAGGUUCUGCCACUAUACAUAACAAGAGUUCGGAUGCUAUACUUGUUGACGAGGCUGUUGUCCUGAAAGAUGGUGCUGUUGAUAUCAUGAGUGGAUCUGAAAUUGUUCCUGUCCCUGGAGGAGAAGAAUGGAUGCAGAGAUCUGAGGAAAAACCUCAACAAGUGUUAUGUCCACAGUGCAGAUCAACAGUACAAUAUGUGGGGAAAAAUAUACAAGAGACAGAAACUCGAAACAGCAAGUUAGAGAUGCAGUCUGUAAACAAUAAGGCUUCCAUUGAGGAACUUGAUGAAGUUAUUGAGAGUCUGUGUGUGCCUUCUGAGUAUGCAGCAUCCUUAACAGGAGGCUCAUUUGAUGAAGCAGACAUGCUCCAGAAUAUUGAUGCUUGCGAGUGGUUAGCCAAAGCUUUAAAGGGUCUUGAAGUGCCCAACUUAGACCCGAUCUAUGUAAAAGAGAAACGAGCAGAACUAGAUACAUUAAAAGCUACUUUUGUAAGGAGAGCUUCAGAGUUCUUGAGAAACUACUUUGCUAGUCUGGUAGAUUUCAUUGUUAGCGACAAAAGCUACUUUUCUCAGAGAGGGCAGCUGAAGAAGCCUGACCAUGCAGAUUUGCGGUACAAAUGGAGAACGUAUGCUCGCCUUUUGCAACAUUUAAAGGGUCUUGAUAAGAAUUGUUUGGGUCCAUUGAGAAAAGCAUACUGCAGCUCCCUGAAUUUGCUCCUUCGUCGGGAGGCUCAAGAAUUCGCGAAUGAGCUUCGCGCAAGCACAAAAGUAUCCCAAAAUCCCACUGUCUGGCUAGAAGAAUCUACGGGUUCUAAUCAGAAUGCAAACACUGACACCUCUGCAGUGGCAGAUGCCUAUGCCAAAAUGCUAACAACAUUCAUCCCUCUUCUUGUAGAUGAGAGUUCUUUUCUUGCGCACUUCAUGUGCUUUGAGGUACCGGCUCUUACUCCUCCUGGAGGUGCUGCCAGUGAUAACAAAAACCGGUCCAACAAUGAUGAUUUGGCAUUGAAUGAAUCUAUUCGAGAUUUACUUGAUAGUAUUCUGGAGGAUAUCUAUGUUGUUAUUGACUGGGCAUAUAAAAUAGAUCCCCUACUGUGUAUAUCAAUGCAUGGUAUAACUGAACGUCAGAAAGCCGAUACUGCAGGAUUUGUUCGCCUUUUGCUUGAAGAUCUGGAGUCGAGAGUUUCUAUGCAAUUCAGCCAUUUUGUAGAUGAAGCUUGUCACCAAAUCGAAAGAAAUGAACGUAAUGUGAGACAGAUGGGUGUCUUGCCUUAUCAAGCACUUGCUACUCGUAUGGAACAGUACAUACAAGGGCAAUCUAGAGAUUUGGUUGAUCAGGCAUAUACAAAAUUUGUAAGCAUAAUGUUUGUGACCCUCGAGAAGAUUGCCCAGCAAGAUCCUAAAUAUGCAGAUAUUCUCCUUUUAGAAAACUAUGCUGCUUUCCAAAAUAGCUUGUAUGAACUGGCUGAUGUUGUACCCACGUUAGCCAAGUUCUAUCAUCAGGCAAGUGAAGCAUAUGAACAAGCUUGUACGCGCCACAUUAGCAUGAUAAUUUACUACCAAUUCGAAAGACUUUUCCAAUUUGCUAAAAAAAUUGAGGAUUUCAUGUAUACUAUCACCCCUGAAGAGAUACCAUUCCAACGUGGUUUGUCGAAAAAGGAACUCCGAAAGAUGUUAAAAUCAAGCCUGUCAGGGGUGGACAAAUCUAUUGCAGCAAUGUAUAAACAGUUGCAGAAGAAUUUAACAUCGGUGGAGUUGCUGCCACCGUUGUGGGAUAAAUGCAAGAAGGAAUUUCUGGACAAGUACGAGAGCUUCGUGGAACUUGUAGCCAAAGUUUACCGCCGAAUGAGAACGUUCCUGGGUCCAAUGACGACGACGGCGGAAACUGGACAAUCCUCUGGUUCAAAACCUUCUGAUGAUGCAUGGGCUAAACUGGUUCCUCUGGACACCAGAUUCUCAGACAUCGAGAUUAAGUGCAAUGAUAUGGUAAUAUGCUCUGAGAUUAAACCGUCUUCUGUGGAGAGACAUGAAUGGUGCAGAAUAAUAAAGAAUUUGUGUCAUGGUUCUGCUACUAUACAUAAUAAGAGUUCGGAUGUUAUACUUGUUGAUGAGGCUGUCAUCCCGAAAGAUGGUGCUGUCGAUAUCAGGUGUGGAUCUGAAAUUGUUCCUGGCCCUGGAGGAGAAGGUUACUUGCAGUACAGAUUUACAAUAAUGCCUGCUCCAGAAUCUAGAACCCAGCUAUUACAGAUUUCCAUAGAUCCUGAACAUGCAAAAUGCAGUAUCUGCUUAAACAUAUGGCAUGAUGUUGUCACAGCUGCACCUUGCCUUCAUAAUUUCUGUAAUGGCUGUUUUUCAGAAUGGAUGCGGAGAUCUGAGGAAAAACAUAAACAUGUGUUAUGUCCACAGUGCAGAACAACAGUACAAUAUGUGGGUAAAAAUCAUUUUCUGAAAAACAUACAAGAGGAUAUAUUAAAAGUGGAUGCUGCACUGAGGCGACCAGCUGAAGAUAUUGCAGUGUUGGACUCAUCUGCAUCGAUACAAUCAAAUCUUAUCAUUGGGAGCAAGAGAAAACGUCGUUUGAAUAUGCUCUCGCCCACACUUGAAGAAAGAGAUAACUUGCGUUUGCAAUGCCCACAAUGUGUUGCUAAUAUUGGUGGUUAUCGGUGUGAACAUCAUGGUGCACAUCUACAAUGCCACCUGUGUCAAGGAAUGAUGCCCUUUAGAGCCAAUCUCCAAGUGCCGUUACACUGCAAGGGGUGUGAUAGGCCGUUUUGCGGUGCUUACUGGAGUUCUGAAAAUGUUACACAAGGUGUAUCUAGUCCAGUCUGCGGUCGCGAAACUUUCAGACCUAUUUCGGAACGCACAGUUACAAGGAUUCCAUUCAUAACCCAUGAAAUGAAUCGCCAUGAACAAGAUAUAACGCAAAGAUGCAUUACCCAUAUGGGGAAAACUGUGCCGGAUGUUGUAGCAGAGUGGCUCAGGCUUUUCAACAAUAGAGAAAUUGACCGCUCGAGAAUGCCUCUCAAUCAUGCUGAGAUGAUAACUGCAUCAACACAUGUUUGCAAUGAUUGUUACGAUAAGCUGGUGGGAUUCCUAUUAUACUGGUUCCGGAUAACACUGCCGAGAGAUCAUUUGCCAGCGGAUGUAGCGGCGAGGGAAGAUUGUUGGUAUGGAUACGCAUGUAGGACACAACACCACAACGAAGAUCAUGCUCGUAAACGUAACCAUGUAUGUCGUCCUACCAGAGGGAACCAUCACUUUUAGUCCUCAUUUCUUCUUUCCUCAGACAAGCUUUUGAUUGUAUUUUGGGAUAUUCUCUGUAUACUAGAAACUGAUCAAAAUGGAUAAUCUAUUAUCUGCUAAUGCUAUAUACUAUAGAAGAUGGUGUCGGGUCUAAAAUAUCGAUUUUGCUUUGAUAAUAAUAGUAAUGAUAUUCU